CGUCAAAACACCGAGCAACGAAUUUGGCGUAGGAAGAAAACAGCCUGAAAAAUACUACUAUUUUCAAUCCAAAGCUUUCUUUCAUGGCUGUGUAUUAACCCUUAAUAAGUCAAAUCCGUAUUACAAGGUAUUAUGUAUUGUGUGGUUGAAAAAUAAGAAGGAAAAAAGACUUACAAUGUCUGGUAUUAUCGGACGACMGUCAGGAACCUUGUCGAGAUCUCGCUCCUUCGAAUCUCUCAACUCCAAGGCUCGUAUGGAAACGACAUUUGGUCCUUCAGCAUAUGCUCCAGUAACAACAAUUAAAAGAGUUGAAGCAGACAACUUCUUGUAUGACUCAAUAGUUGAGAGGUCCUCUAACAGCUUGACGUGCAUGUCUGGGAGCAGUACAGAAAGGGAUGUGGACAGUGGCACAGCUGGCUCUGAGAAAUGUAACUUCGAGAUCUCUUCACUCAAGAGACACCACAGAACAUCAUCAACCAUCUCUGGAAGAUCUCUGCAUUCUAUUUCUACCUUAGCUGAUGAUGAAGAAGAGGAGGUUGUAUUGUUUGUAGAAGAGCCAUCAGGCAAAUUAUUCUGUCCACUAUGCCRAAGGGUGUUUAAGGAGCCAGUAAUAGCUUCAUGUGGGCACACAUUUUGCCGUCCAUGUAUUAUGGCCAAAGGCAUAGAGAAGUGUCCAGUGGAUGAUAAUAAGCUAUCUGUGGUCGUAGCAAACUUAGCUGUUUCGGAACAGGUAGGAGAACUCUUCAUACAUUGUAAAUAUGGAUGUCGGCUUGCAAAUAAUGGAGGCAUGAAGCAUGAGUAUGAAGUGAACCCGUCAGGAUGUCCUAUGACAACAAAGCUUUAUCACAGACAUGAACAUGAAAAGAAUUGUCAAUAUGCUCCAACAACSUGUCCCAACAGCAAACAAUGUCCAAUGCUGCUUAAGAUGGAUCUUCAGGAUCAUUUGAAGCAUUGUGAGCACAUCCGCUGCCCACAUCAAAAAUACGGCUGUAUGUACGAGGACAACCAUGAACAAGUGUCAAUUCAUCUAAAAAUAUGCAAAUUUGAAGCAGUCAAAGAAUUUUUAGUUCAUACAGACAAUAAACURGGAGAAUUAAGAUCAUCAUUGAAGGAAAAAGAUCAGUUUCCCUUAUUCAUUUCCUUUCAUAAAUAUCAAUUUYAUCACUUUUUGAUUAUAAUUUCAGCAUUCGAUAUUCAACCGUUAUUUAAAUGCAAAGGAACAUUUGUUGGGCAUACGGGUCCAGUGUGGGCAUUGUGUGUUUAUGGAGAUCUUCUUUUCAGUGGAUCAUCAGAUAAAACCAUCAAGGUUUGGGACACCCUUACUACCUAUAAAUGUGUUAAAACCUUAGAAGGACAUACUGGUAUUGUACUGGCCUUACGGACACAUGACAAAAUGCUUUUUAGUGGCUCAUCUGACUGUACAAUAAAUAUUUGGAGUAUUGAACGGCUAGAAUUACUACAGACGAUCCAGGGUCAUGAGAACCCUGUCUGUACRUUGGUUACUAAAAGAGACACUUUGUUUAGUGGCUCACUCAAGAUGAUCAAGGUCUGGAAUCUUCAUACUUUGGAGCUUGUGAAAGAGUUAACAGGCUUGAAUCACUGGGUGCGGGCCCUUGUAGCCAGUGAUAACUACCUUUAUAGUGGUUCCUAUCAGACUAUCAAGCUAUGGGAUCUAGAUACACUGGAGUGUGUGAGAGUAUUACAGACAACAGGAGGUAGUGUCUACUCUCUGACUGUCACCAAGGAGUUCAUAAUAUGUGGCACCUAUGAGAACUGCAUUCAGAUUUGGGAUGCCAAUACACACAAACUAGUAGAAACUCUUAAUGGUCAUGUUGGUACAGUCUAUGCUCUAGCAGUUCUCAGUGCACCAGGACAAACGAAGCUUUUCAGUGCUUCUUAUGAUCGAUCAUUAAGGGUUUGGAAUCUUGAGAACUUUGCCUGCAUCCAGACCCUUCUCCGUCACCAAGGAAGUGUGGCUGCCUUAGCUCUGUCUAAGGGAAGAAUAUUUUCUGGUGCCGUUGACAGUACUGUUAAGGUUUGGCAGUAAGUUUCGAGAUUGAGACCAACAUGUUCCACACAAAGGUGCUUCCUUCAACACAGCACCUUUAGGGCCAUAGUCAAUCAGCUGACAGACCUUGUUCACGAUAAAUAUUUGCCAGUGCUAAGUUAAGUAUUUGUUAGUAACAGUACCAUGAGAACGUCCCAAUACCAUGAGAAGGAUGAGUCUUGAUGAUGCCGACACAAUGCCAGUAAUGGAAUGAUUAUAUUUACAGUUCAGUUUUGACUGCAAUUAUAAACAAUGCUGAUGCGUCUUGCGGAUGAGUCUUGAUGAUGCCGACACAAUGCCAGUAAUGGAAUGAUUAUAUUUACAGUUCAGUUUUGACUGCAAUAAACAAUGCUGAUGCGUCUUGCGGAUGAGUCUUGAUGAUGCCGACAUAAGGCCAGUCAUGUAAUGAUUAUAUGUAAAGCUUUGUGUUGACUUUACUGUAAUGAUGUAACAAAUGAUGGUGAGUAAUGAGGAUGAGUCUUGAUGAUGCCAACAUAAGGCCAGCCAUGGAAUGAUCGUGCAGUUCUGUGUUGACACAGUAAUAGUAUAAUGAGGACAAGUCUUGAUGAUACCAACACAAUAAAAUGGAAUGUACACAAUGGAAUGAAAUGAUGUUAUGGAACAGCACAAGUUAAGUACUAGUUAACAAGAAAAUAUUAUAAGGAACAAAGACAUUGACAUUUCAGUGAAAUCCCUUCAAAAUGAAUAUUAAAGAAUAUUAGUUUUCUGGUAUGGCAGUAUGUAUAUAAUUUAUAUUGGUUUCAGCUGUGGGGCUGUUAUCCACAACUGGAUAUCAAACCUAGACAGAAUAUACUACUUAACUUUACUAUGUAAUGCAGCAAAUGUAUAUAUUUUAUUAGUAAGAACAAGUAGAGUAAGAGUGAUUAUUCAUGGCCAUGACACUGUUUCAAAGUAAAACACCAAUGCCUUGCGCCAUCUCGAAAGAUAGCCACACCUUUGCAUCUAAGCAAGAUGAAUGAUGAGCUUGCAAUGAUAGAGACCUCUUUUAAUACCUUCGACAAUUAUUCACAUGUCUAUCAUAAGCUCACCGUUCAUCUUGCUUUGAUGUACAAGCAUGGCUACCUUUCAAGACAGGGCAGGAACUGUGAAGGGGACUAUUAGAGUGCAUGCCACUCAGGAAUUCACUCUGGUAUGAAYGAAACAAAGACUCAUAGAUUCUGCUCAAUUAAAUCAGUAAUAUCCAAUAAUAUUAUGAUUUGACAUGUAUAUCUAUUCUAUAUUCUUUAUUUUGUAUGAGAUAGCUGCAAUAUAGACAUUACGUCUUUAGUUUUGUUUCACAGACAGAGUGAAGGCAUUAAACCCAUCUAAUAGAUAUUAGUCUAAUACACAGUUAGUGUAGACCUUAAUUCCAUUGUUUUCUUUUGUGUCUUUUUCACUAUUACAUGUUGACUAGGUAAUAAUAUAUAUAGUAUGACUGGCCGUGUUGUAUCAGAUAUACAACCACGAGGCAUAGCUG